AUGAUGAUAGCUCAAUUCGCAGGAAAGGAUCACAGAACUUGGGACGAGAACUGGCCAGAAAUUAUGCUAGCAGUGAACUCAAGCAUAUCUGAAUCAACUGGAUACUCCCCAGCGUUUCUCACACAAGGCCGGGAACCCCGUCUGCCAAACGCAUUAUAUGACAAAGAAACGUUAGGCUCUGGGAGAAACACAGAGACGCCAGAUGAGAAGGCCGCCAAGUUGAAAGAAAUCUUCGAAAUAGUAAGGCGAAAUAUGGAAAAAGCAUCCCAGGACCAAGCCAGACAUUACAAUCUGAGGAGGAGGCAGUGGACACCAGAGGUGGGCAGCAUAGUGUGGGCCUAA